GGACAUACUAAACAAAUAUUGGGGUUAUUCUAUUAUAUGUCUUUCUAAUCCUUACCACUAUCGCUCACAAGAUUGGUUUGGGAUCCACAAUGACGCUAAAAACUCUUAAAACCUGUCUUAAGAGGACAUAUAUCAGCCUCAAAGAAACAGGUGAUAACAUACUGGCAGACAGACAAAAGCCUAGUAAACGCCACCCGCGUAAAAGCCUAGCGCUAUGCUAAACAUUCUGUUCAUUCAUGUAACUGUAGUACCUCCCUUAGUUUGUUUAUGUGUGGCCCCACGUGAGUGUGCGUGCGUGUGCGUGUGUACGAUUGCGUCACUAGUAGCAUUAUCAGCUUUCUGGCUGGAAUAUUCCUCAUCCUUGGGCAACUUUCCUAACCCAGACCACGUAACUAGCCAGGUAGGGAAUGUUUCCAAUAUUACUACCCUUCACAUCAGACGUUAUCCGCCGCCAUUUUUAGCUAGCUUUUCUCCAUAGCUCUCUCUAUUGAAGAAUAUCAUUUUUAGCAGCAUAUAAUUAUCAAAUAAGGCGCAGGAGAAAUGGAAAGAACAUCAUAAAAUUACGGCAAGCGAAAAGGAGAGAGGCAGAGCUGCGCGGGAACACCUCCCCGGACCGAGUUUCCACCGUGUAUUUCUCCAACCUUUCCCCACCUAUUAAACACAUCUCACCAUCAUACACAUCCUCAAAGAUAACUUAGACACAUAACAAACCCCCUUUCCCCCCUCUGGGCCAGCUCCGACCACCAGUGAAAGAGGGGAUCGAACGGUGCUAAAGCGAGGGGAAGCUAGAGAAGAAGGGAACCUCCGACCCCUGGCAAUGGCCGGCACAUGCGCCCAGAGUAACUGGACCUGGAGAGUGUAAACGUUGGCUGCCGGGCUUUCUUCACUCUUCAGUCACUCACACAACCUGCUGGGGGGAGAGCCAGCCAACCACGCAACACACGCGCGUGUAACACACACACACACACACACACACGCUGAUAAAAUCCUGUGAAGAAGGCCGGAAAUAUCGAGGCGAUUAUAAGUGUGGUCGAAGGCGGCGUUGUAGCAGGACUUAACCUGCUUAUCUGGGGCCGGAAACCAUGCCUAAAAAGCUUGGAGGCACAGGACCCGAGGACGAGUAGUGUGUAAAGUGUUUGUAGUUCCUAAUCAAUUAUGGAGUUAUAUGAAUGUCCAACCCAUCCUUUUAUUGAGCAAAUGGGAGACCUUUGACGAGCCGCCGGCUUCCUGUCCUCAUCAUGGCCACUAGUGACCCUCAGACCGUUGCCUUGGAGACGGACGCCAACGAGAUCAGAAUCACUGUGAACCGGGCCGAGGAUGACAAGAGCAUCAGCAUCAAUGACGAGGGACGAGAUGUGUGGGGAAGCAAGAUCGAGUUCCUCCUCUCUUGUCUCUCCUUUGCUGUCGGCCUCGGUAACAUCUGGCGCUUCCCAUACCUGUGUUACCGCAAUGGAGGAGGCGCCUUCUUAAUACCGUACGUGAUCAUGCUUUGCAUCACCGGAUUGCCUCUCUUCUUCUUCGAGCUAAGUCUGGGACAGUUUGGAAGGGAAGGUCCCAUCACCAUUUGGAAGGUGGUGCCACUCUUCCAGGGUGUGGGCGUUGGCAUGUUCAUGAUCGCCUUCUUCAUCGCGCUCUACUACAACGUCAUCAUCGCUUGGGCACUCUUCUACCUCUUUUCUUCCUUCACGGCCGAGCUGCCCUGGCAGUCGUGUGACCACUGGUGGAACACUGCUGCCUGUAGAAGGUUCGAUGCCAAAAACUGCACAGCACACGAGGGCAUCAUGGCCACCAACGGCACCUGCUACUUCGAAAGUCAAGUUACACAUAAAGACUGGGAGUCCCUCAACGUGACGGCCCAGAGCUUGAAACUUCCUGCAGACGAGUUCUUCCAUAACUUCAUGCUGGACAUCUCUGAGGGGUUCCAUGAUGACGAAGGCCACAGCCUGCAGUGGCGGCUGUGUCUCUGCCUCAUCCUCUCCUGGGUCAUUGUCUUCCUGGGCCUCUUCAGGGGAGUCUCCAGUAUGGGAAAGGCUGUCUACUUCACAGCGCUCUUCCCCUACACCGUCCUCAUCAUCUUGUUUGCCAGGGCUGUCACUCUCCCCGGCUACCUACAAGGCAUCUCAUUCUACAUCACUCCUCGGUGGCACCAUCUUCUCCAUGCCAGGGUGUGGGCAGAUGCAGCCAUGCAGAUUUUCUUCUCGCUUGGACCAUGCUGGGGAGGACUCAUCACGCUAGCAUCUUAUAACAAGUUCACCAAUAAUUGUCUAAGGGAUGCCAUCAUCAUUAGUGUUGCCAACUGCAUGACCAGCUUCUUCUCAGGGUUCGUCAUCUUCGGCAUUGUUGGCUUCAUGGCUCACGAACUCGGGGUUCCUGUCGAUCAGGUGGCGGCUCAGGGUGCUGGGUUAGCCUUUGUGGCCUAUCCUGAGGCAGUCGCACGCCUCCCCAUCUCUCCCCUGUGGUCUAUCCUCUUCUUCAUAAUGCUGCUCACACUUGGCAUCGGUUCCCAGUUCACCAUCGUGCAGACUGUCAUCACCUGUCUUGUUGAUUUUCUGGAACUCCACAAACAUCACAAAAAGGUUUGCCUGACGGUGUGUGUGGUAGGAUGCCUGAUAGGCCUGACAAUGUGCACCAGACAUGGCAUGUAUAUUCUGCAGUUGCUGGACAACUACUCUGGCACCUACUCUGCCCUCAUGAUCGGCUGUAUUGAGCUGUUUGCCAUCUGCUGGGUGUACGGGGUUGACAACUUCAUGAAUGACAUCAAACUCAUGCUGGGGACGAAGCCCUUCCCCCACUAUUAUUGGAAGUACUGCUGGAAGUAUAUAACCCCUCUCAGCGUCUUUUUCAUCUUGGUCUUCACAUUCAUCGACUACUCCCCAUCUUUUUAUGGUACGUACCACUUUCCCGUGUGGGCGGAUGUCCUGGGUUGGGUGAUCUCAUUAUCCUGCAUUGCUGUCGUCCCAAUUCGUGCAGCCUGGCUUAUGGCUGGCAAGAGUGGACCUCUGUGGGCGCGUGUGCAGCAGUUGUGCCGACCUGAGGCUGAAUGGGGUCCUGAGAACAAGCGCCGCGACGAUGCUUCUCUCAACUACAUUGACUCCAAGACACCUCUGGCCUGCGAUGAUGAGGAGUAUGAGAUGGACCGUGAGUCUCCAUACCUGACGAGGGUGUCGGAGGAAUGGGAGGACGAGGAGGAUGAUGGUCUCCACAUGAAGGCCCCCACUAGAGCCAAGGUCUAAACUACUGCAUCGUGACACCACGUCCUUCUGGAGGCUGUUUGUGGUAACCAGAAGACCAUGUGUUCCUGUGGUCUGCUAGUGGCUACCUUUGGGGAACUAUGCAAGAUGGCCUCCUCCUGAUGUCUCCUAGUUGCAAUUCAACUGGGUCAGGUUAGCCUGAUGUUCUAUAAAAUAUAGUGGCUAUCAGAUGGUUUGGCCUUACUUGGAGUCUCGUAAUGGCUGCCUGUUUGGUCUGUAGUAAAUGAUCGAGUCCUUUCAGGGGGGCCUGCUAGUGGCUACUUUAUGGGAGACAAUGCCAAAUGGCUUUGACCCUAUUGGGACUAUUGGUAGUUGGCCCCUUUUUAUUUGUCUCCAAUGUGGUACAAUAUCUCAUUUAGACCAGCUGUCCCUGGUACUCUCAUUAGCUUUCUGCCUGAUACUGGUACUUAUCUUACCAGGAGACCUUGCAGAAACUCACAUCAAUUUGACCUUUAGCGAAGAGCACUGUAGUACCUGUGAAGAUCAUUUAUGUGACUCCAUUGGAGCCAAUCUUCCUCUGGAGAUAUACAUUACCUAAGUGUAGAUGAUGUCAUUUGCAGGUAUAACAAGUCUCUUACAGGUGACCUUACCCUGAGAUCGUAAACAGGGCUUCUCCUUAUGGAGAUGGUAUUCCCCUUAAACAUGGAUUUAAGUAGCUAUUGGUCAUGGAGUAGACCUCAAAUCCUCUACAUACACGCUCUUUUUACCUAUGUACCGGUACUUGUUGCGGGUCGUCGCAAAAGAUUUUGCUCUGAUAGACAAGGGAAGUCACACUUAAAGGAUGCACUCCGUACGAAUAUAACCACCCACGACAGCCUGACUCGAAUAAAAAACUAAUUGUCAUUCUAGUCUAGUUUUAACUUGAUCUGUUUAAGGAAGUUGAUUAUAGUCCCAUCAGUCUUGCUCACAAAGUUUCCAUCCUCACAUUAAGGUCUUAACAAAAUUAAGCACCAAGACAAAACAAGCCAAGACAAAAUCAACUUUCCCAAUUACGUACUGUAUAUGCUGUUUAAACGUGAAAGCUCUCUCAAGUAAUGAAACAAAUAGACUUCUGUUAACAGAAAAUAUAUUUCAUAAGUUAAAUUGGCAUUUACAUAAUACGUCAUUAAAUAAUGUACAUUACUGUAUCUAUAUACAUUUCAUUAACUCUGAGUAUUUUAUAUAUUUCAUUAGGAUUUAAUGUACCAUUGAUUGCAAUUUCCAUAAAUGUUGCCAAUGUCUCUCAUAAAUAUAUAUAUAUAUUAAUACAAUACACACACACACACUUUAUUUAUCUUUUAUUUAUAUUUAUUUAUUAGGUAAUUAGACACACACUGUAUAUGCAUUUAGUCAAUUAUAUGCAAAUAUAUAUUUGUAUAUGUGUUCAUGUGUGUUUUUGUGUGUAAACAUUUGGGGCUCUAAGGUUGUCUUUGCCAGGGUGACCGUCGGGUUCCAUGUGCAGGCCAGCUGAUUACUGUUCCCUGUCCAAACAAUAUCCAAAAUAUUAUAGAUAAAUGAAGACAAAUUGAUAAGACAAUUAGAGAAAGGCAGAACCAAUUAAAAAAUUAUGAAAGUACAGUAGACCUUUAGUGUAUGGAGGCAUAUAGCAUGGGCCUAUCAUUGCUAGGCUAGUGGGAAUUGAUUGAAAAUAGGCCUCAUUCAGCACGUUAUACUGGUAUAAUUGACAUCUAACUGAUAGUGUUCAUGAGAGUAUCAGAUAUUUCUCAAAAUAUUUUAUGGCUAUUUCAAUAUAAUUAAAAUGUUUAGUUCAUUGCAUUCAUUUUGAGCAAUAAAUAGCAGUAUGGAAAUGCUCACUCAACUGUAGUGAAUUCUAAAAUGUCUUGAAAAUUACUUGAAAUGUUCAGAUGAAUGAAAAACAAAUGCUUGCAGAAUUAUAUGAAAAGUAUAUUUUCUUCAGUAAUGCAGGUGUUCAACCAGUUGAAAAUGGCUUAAACAAUAUCAAGAAUUGGAGUAUAAAUAAAACUUUGUUGACUGCAAAUAUUUUGUUUGCAAUGUAAAUGAAUAUGCACUGUAAAUAAGAACAGAAUUGCAAUGUAAUGAACUUAAUGCAAUGUACAUGAACUUAGUUCACUGUGAAUGUAACACAUUAAUUGUAUUUUCAGUGAUAAUACAAUACAUUGUUUAUUCAAAAGAAUGUACUGUAUGUACAAAGAACAUAUGAAUAAUGUACAAUUGUAGGGACAGGAGUUACAUAAUCUGUGAAGCCACUAUUACACCAAACAUUUCAGGCAAAAUAACAUGUUGCCAAGCAAUGUCUUAACACCACAAACUCUGUAUGUUAUAUUUCAUAAAUAUAAUAAGUCUCUCAGGAGUCAAGCCUGGGCCCGGGCCGGGCAUGUGGCCGGGCAUGCGUAGAAAACUCCCAUAACCUCCGUCAAGUUAUGUCAAAGCAUGGUAAGAACUGCCUAAAAUUCACAAUGGACCUUAAAAAUGUCUUGCAAUAAUAUCCAGUCUGUCAUCUAGUUUUAGCCAUUUGAAAUACAGUAUUGGAAUAUUAAUAAAAUCUUAAGACUGGCAGUGGACCUUUAACAUUGCAUGUGAUAAUAUUUAGCAAUGCAAACUGUCCAAAUUUCUCCUCUAUAAAUACACCAAUUAUCCAUGUAAAAUAUGUUCCAGUGUUGUGAAUACAAUAUUUCUUUGCAGUGAUGUCACCUCUUCCAUUCCUGGGAAGUGAGGUGGGAAGGGAGGAAGGGGGGAGACGAGAAGUGGAGAAAUGAGGAUGGGGGAUGGUAUAGUAGAAGGUCACACCUCCAGCUCCAUCCUACCCAUCACCUCUGCCUCAGUCCAUAGACCCCUUGUCACCUUCCCUCUGGGACUACAGACCCCUUGUCACCUUCCCUCUGGGACUACAGACCCCUUGUCACCUUCCCUCUGGGACCACAGACCCCUUGUCACCUUUGCUCUGGGAUCACAGACCCCUUGUCACCUUCCCUCUGGGACCACAGACCCCUUGUCACCUUUGCUCUGGGACUACAGACUACUUGUCACCUUCCCUCUGGGACCACAGACCCCUUGUCACCUUCCCGUUACAUUUGCUACACAAAAGGCACCCAUCACUACAGGCAGCCUCCACCCUCCCUUCCUCCCAUCUCUCCACCCCACAUGAACAGAACUGAGACUCCAAGUGUGAUCUCUGGGCUUGAUUAAGGUCUCAUGCAUUUUGCAAGUACUGUACAGUAUUACAUACAGCACAAUUAGUCAUCGUCUGUCAUUAUUGUUUGGGUUUAUAUUGGCUACUGUUGCUCUAAUUAUACAAGUAUUGUGACAAAACGUUUGGGGUUGUUUCAGUAGUAUUGUAUUCAAAAAGAUCCCCAGAUGCAUCUGUAAGCUUGAAGUCAAACACCUCACACAGAGCAUCAUUCAAAAACACAAAUUUCUCUCUUAUUCUUGUUAGGUUAGGUUUGUUUAUAGAGUAGUGAUGGAUUAACAUGACUAGACUUGGAAAGACCAUUUAAAACAUUACUCGUUAUUUAUUACUAUAUGCGGUGCUGCACGAGAUACAGGCUAAUGUAAUGAAUCCAACUUGAAUAUUGACGUAGUUAUCAUUACAUGUCACUUUGGUUAGGCUUUUAUGAAGCGCGAGAUUUGAAUGCUUUUUAUAUCCCCCCCUUCUCUAUCACACUCAGUGGUAUAAAAGGUAGGCAUUGUGGUACAGUAGUUAUUUUGAGAGCUGCUUACAGGUGUGAUGCCCUUUUGGACUUGAUUCUGGUGGUAUUCCAGGAAAAUGUGACAUAAAUACUGGUACUUUGAUAUUGGAAUGUCAUGGAAAUGUGACUUUUCAGACUUUAUGCCAAAAUUCCUUAGAAAUGUGACCUGGGAACUCUUUGAUACCAGUAUUACAUGGAAGAUUUACCUUAACUAUUUGACUUUGAUACCAGUAUUCCAUGGAGCUGUGACCACUGUUGGAUUUUGAUACAGGUACCAGUAUUUCAUGGUACUGACCAUUGUUAGAUUUCCAGUUGUUGUUUCCUGGUACUGUGAUACAUUCAGAUAUAGGCACUGCAGCAGUUUUUCCUCGAAAUGUCACAAGAUUACACAUGGCAUUAUGAAUAUUUUCUGGGAUUGUGAUCUGGUUGUACUCUAUGCUGGUACUGCUUUACUUGAAAUUUUGAUAAUCCAGGCCUAAAAUGGCCUGGUAUUGUAAUGUGGUGUGACAAAACUUAGGACGGCAGGCAUAAAUUCUCCUUGGACAAAGCUGGGCAAAUGACAUUGAUAUAACAGGGAAUUAAUGUUUAUCCUUUGUUGAUUAAAUGUUACUUGAGCAUGGUCAGCAUGUUGUGUUUGUUUUCUGAGCGUGUUCGUACUCAUUUGGUGGGAAGUUAGUCCAUGGGGGCUACUGCAGGUCUUACACUCUAACAGUGUUUGGUCGUAAUUGUCAAUUUAUAACUAGCAGUUGCAGGUAAUUGUAUGGUUGGUGACAUAGCCUAACAUCUAUACCUAGCCUCUGUGGUGUUGAUGACAUCGCUUAACAUCUGUGUACAGUAUGUAGCCUCUGUGUGGAUGAUGACAGCUUAACGUCUGUAUAUGUAGCCUCUGUGUGGUUGAUGACGCAGUAUAACAUCUGUGUACAUAGCCUCUGUGUGGUUGAUAACGUAGCCUAACAUCUGUGCAGCUUACAGAAAACUACCCACUAGUCAUCCCUCAGAAUGAUAACACUGACGAUGGUACUAACUUCUCGCCCGAUAAUUUAACAUUCAGAUAAUACAUUUUUGCU